UCCUUUCCUUCCGUUUCUCCAACUUUCUCUUCUCCCCUUUUUUUGAAUUUGUUUCAAUCAAGAUCAUAUUAUUGCGGCUUUUUUUGGGGGUAGAAGAAAGCUCUUUUGUCAUCGAAAUCAUUGAUUGGAAGAAUCAUUGGCCGCACUUUCAUUCUUUUUUGGAAGAGAAAGAAGAUAAAGGAUGGGAAGAAGAUUAGGAGUUGGAAGGUCCCCUUCCUCCUCCUCCUCUGUGCUUAACCAAAAGAUUCUCAGCCGUCGACUCUUGUCAUGCCAGCAGUAUGCUGGUUCCACAGUCGAUGAAAUUGUGGAGCUCCUUCAAACUAACUACCCUGAUUACAGACGCAUCAAGAAGCAACCUUUAACCAGGGUGGUCAAACAGGCCCUACAAGCUCUUCAGUCCUCUUCCAAAAACAGCCAAAAGGCCUCUCUUUCCGUUUCUGAUUUCAACUUUGAUGAUGAUGGACACAAUGAACUUGCCAUUGCACCUUUUUCUUCUUCUCCUCCUCCUACCUGUUCUCGGAAGAAGCCAAGGAGAAUGGAUGAGACUGAAGAAAGGUUACAGCGUAUGGAGGAUUUGCACAUUCAAAGGCGACAGAUGCAGCACAACUCCAACUCUGAGUUAGACUCGGAGUCAUCUUCUUCUUCAUCAUCGUCUUCAUCUGAAGAAGAAGAAGAUGGGGCAGUUUCGACUUCGGAAGAUGCCAUUUAUGGCCAAAAAGACGAGCCCAAGUUUGAUUUAAUGAAAUCAAUGCUACGACAAGGUUACACUCAAUCCAACAGCUCAAUAUCAAAGCUUGAAGAAAAAAAUAUUGAAAUGGAGAUUGCAACUAAUAAGCCUAAGAGUAAGAUUGAUAUGACCAAUGCGAACAAAGAGAGUGCUGAAUUGAAAAAGGAAACAAAGGUUUCAGUUUCUGUAGGCGCUGCUGCUGAUGGUGUGGAGGUGAAAGGGAUAGAGGGGCCAAGGUUCAGGGAUUUAGGUGGGAUGGGAGGAGUGUUGGAGGAGUUGAAGAUGGAAGUCAUUGUGCCUCUUUACCAUCCACAUUUGCCACGGUGGUUGGGAGUCAGGCCAAUGGCUGGCAUUUUGCUCCAUGGACCGCCUGGCUGUGGGAAGACCAAAUUGGCCCAUGCCAUUGCCAAUGAGACUGGUGUUCCCUUCUAUAAAAUUUCAGCUACCGAGGUGGUUUCUGGUGUCUCAGGUGCAUCAGAAGAAAAUAUCAGGGAACUCUUCUCAAAAGCAUACAGGACUGCCCCAUCGAUUGUAUUCAUUGAUGAGAUUGAUGCUAUUGCAUCUAAAAGAGAAAAUCUGCAGAGGGAGAUGGAGCGCCGGAUUGUCACUCAGUUAAUGACUUGUAUGGAUGAGUCUCAUGGACUUGUGCAACCAAGUGAUAAAGAGUCAAAUUUGGAGAGCUCUGAUUCCAAACCUGGUUAUGUCCUUGUAAUUGGAGCUACCAAUAGACCUGACGCUGUUGACCCUGCACUACGGCGGCCUGGACGAUUUGAUCGCGAGAUUGUUCUUGGUGUUCCGGAUGAAAAUGCUAGGCAUGAGAUCCUUUCUGUGCUUACACUAAACCUUAGACUCGAAGGCUCUUUUGAUCUUUGGAAAAUAGCUAGGGCUACACCAGGGUUUGUUGGAGCAGAUUUGGCUGCCUUGGCUAACAAGGCUGGUAAUCUUGCCAUGAAGAGGAUCAUAGACCAAAGAAAGCAUGAGUUUUCUAGAGAAUCUAUAGAUGAGGAACAAGCUGAUGAGUGGUGGAGGCAGCCUUGGUUGCCUGAGGAGAUGGAAAAGCUCACCAUUACCAUGGCUGAUUUUGAGGAAGCAGCUAAAAUGGUUCAACCCUCAUCAAGAAGAGAGGGAUUCUCUACAAUUCCAAAUGUUAAGUGGGAGGAUGUUGGUGGUCUUGAUUUCCUAAGGCAGGAAUUUGACCGUUACAUAGUUAGGCGCAUAAAAUUUCCCGAGGAUUAUGCGGAAUUUGGAGUGGACUUGGAGACAGGAUUUUUGCUUUAUGGACCACCAGGCUGUGGUAAAACAUUGAUUGCAAAGGCUGUCGCUAAUGAGGCUGGAGCCAAUUUCAUUCACAUCAAGGGUCCUGAACUUUUGAAUAAAUAUGUUGGAGAAAGUGAGCUGGCAGUGCGGACAUUAUUCAGCCGUGCUAGGACAUGUUCACCAUGCAUACUUUUUUUUGAUGAGGUGGAUGCUUUGACCACAAAGCGUGGAAAAGAGGGGGGAUGGGUUGUUGAGCGACUUCUGAACCAGUUACUGAUAGAGUUAGAUGGUUCGGAUCAGCGGCGUGGAGUAUAUGUUAUUGGUGCCACUAAUAGACCUGAGGUGAUGGAUCGUGCUGUCUUACGGCCUGGUAGGUUCGGCAAACUUCUCUAUGUCCCUCUCCCCAAUCCAGUUGAACGUGGGUUGAUCUUGAAAGCUCUUGCUAGGAAGAAGCCAAUAGAUGCCAGUGUCGAUUUGAGUGCCAUUGGACGUAUGGAGGCAUGUGAUAAUUUAAGUGGAGCUGAUCUUUCUGCACUGAUGAAUGAAGCUGCAAUGGCUGCUUUGGAAGAGAAACUCACAUCAACUGGGAUCUCAGAUACUUCAUGGACAAUCAAGACAUUCCAUUUUGAACGAGCACUGAGUAAAAUCUCACCCUCAGUCUCCGAUAAGCAAAAGCAGUUCUACCAGGCAUUGUCAGAGAGCUUCAAAGCAGCUUGAGAAGAGACAAAUCCCCUUUGUUAUACCAUUAGCAGGAGCUGUAAUUGAUGUCUGAUACUGAGAAUUGCAUUGCAAAGAAGUCAUUCUCAACAUGAAGAUGGGUGUGAAUUGUUCAACUGUACUCUGUUUAUAUGCUUUUUUGGGCCUAAUAUUGAGUGUUGAAGGAAACUUGCUUCUCUCCUCAUGAGCGAAAAAAAUUUUGUUCCGGCACAUUAAGAUUUUGUUAGUGGUGGAAGUAGUUUGCAGAAAAUACAGCGGAGAAACAUGUAUUUAUCCAUUUUAAGAAAUGCAAGGGGACUUGUUGUAUUAGUUCACCCCUUUUGAGUAAAGGUUCCACCUCAUAAACUACCCUUUUUCCUUUGUUUCGAUCAGGAAAAUUGAAGACAAUUUGACUGCUGAAUGUGGCAUUCUUUUCUGCUGUAUGAAGAACUUGAUAUACCUGUGUA